GACAACUUUAGCUUAACGUCAGGAAUGGACCACUUUGGUUUGGGUUAGCAAGCUAUGCUAGUUCACCAAUACAUCACGGUGUGUGUGCAUAUCAUACGCUAACGUUAAAUCAGUGAACAUGCUGCUAUGUGAGGAGUCGUCAGCAUCAGUGACAGAUAUUUCUUAAGUAAUAUCACUGACUAAGGGGAGGCUAAUAUAAAGUUAACGUAGUUAAACAACGUUUAACGUUACAAUCGAUUUCUCUCAACAGACCGUUAGAAACUGGUUAAGAGUGAGGAAGAUGCUUGUGUGGCUAUAAGCAAAGAUAAUAGCCUAAUCCAGUCAGCACGGGAACAGGUCUGUAAAAGAUUGCAUCCAAUAUUUACUUUUCCCAUAUCUGACAAAGCGUCAUCCAGAUAAGAGCGUGUUGCCCCAGCCUAUAUCAGAAAUCUCGCGCUCCGGGGCUAAAUGGAGACGCUGGUGAACUCUGCGUUGCGCACAGGAGUACAUUUAUCUAAAGAACGAGGUCAUUCAUUGUAUUAAUCUUGGUUACAACCAUGUGCUGCACUGACAUGGAUCCGACAAACGAAGGAAACAACUGCAUCAAUCAGCUGGGUGGUGUGUUUCUAAACGGCCGACCACUACCUGCUUACAAGCGCAGGAUGAUGAUUGAACUAGCAUCAGAGGGUGUGAGACCUUCUCAGAUCUCACAGAUUCUUAAGGUAUCCAGUGGUUGUAUUAGCAAGAUACUCAACCGAUAUAAGAAAACCGGGAUGCUCUGCCCAAAGGCUAUUGGAGGAAGUAGACCUCGGAGGCUCACACCUGAUGUAAUAUCAACAAUUAUUCAACACAAGAAUGCGAGUCCAAACAUCUUUGCUUGGGAAAUUCGGCAAAGACUUCUGGCAGCAAGAGCAUAUGAAGCUGAGAAAAUCCCAAGUGUUUCCUCCAUCAAUAGAAUUCUGAGAAAGAUGAAGACUGACACUUUUGCCUCAAAUGCCAUCUAUGCAGAAAUUGUGAAUGCUGUACCAGGUCAGGGGAGUGAGGUAUCUGGGACAGAACACCUGGCUGUUCUUCAGUCAUCUAACCAUCAUCCAAGCAGUACCCAACAACGGAAUAGAACCAGUUUCAGCCCUAAACAAGCAGAGGCUCUCGAGCAAGAGUUCCAUCACAAUCACUAUCCAGAUAUGUUAGCUCGUGAAAGAAUAGCGAUACAAAUCAGUGUACCAGAGGACACCAUAAAGGUGUGGUUCUCAAAUAGAAGAGCCAAAUUGAGAAGGGAGAGUCAGACCAAGCAAAACAACUGGACAUCCCAUGUAUUCUUUCAUCUGUCCGAAGGACCUGCAUCACUGCAUGAUGACAAGACAACUCUAUCCCAGACCUACCACCAGGAUAACAGAUUGUCUUCUUCUCAUAUAGGCAGAAAAUAUUUCCAGUUUGAUCCUUCUGAAAUAACUACUUUCUCAGAGAAUAGUACCGGAUUGUGUUGGGCCCACUAUCAAUCUUUUCAGCCAACAUUUUCAUUUGGGCAUCCCCAAAAUGAGCAGACUCUCUUUGGCUCAUUUCAAUGAUGACAGAUCUUGGAACCAUACUAACAGAAUCGCUUUGACUGACAAGUGGAGUUUUUAUUGACAAGUGACAAGGCAUUAAAGAGGACCUUUAUGCCACCAACAUAUUAAUGGAGAGGUUCCAUUUCCCAAACCUUUGUGAUGUUCUGUAUAUUACCUGUUUCCAUAUGAGAACAUAUGGAGAGGUUCCAUUUCCCAAACCUUUGUGAUGUUCUGUAUAUUAUCUGUUUCCAUGAGAACAUGUUCUGUGAGACCUACAGUACCAACUGCUUGUCUGUAAAGGUCAUGAUGAAGUUGAGGAAUCAUAUUUUGUUGGUUAGUUGCUAUGAAGACUAAAGGAACUACACACAUACAAUAUACAGUAUAUAGUACACUUAGCCAAAGUCUUAGCUUUUGUAUAAAAAAAAUGCUGUAAUGUUAAGAUGCUUUAUCAUUAAUUGACCCACUAAACCCACCAAAUAACUGUGGCCAGAUAAAAUAAUCCUUUAUCAACCCCACAAUGAAGAAUCUCAUGUUCUUACUCUUAUAUGUUGUUACUGUAGAUGAAGCGGCCAAGUGCUACACUCACACUGUACAGCAACAGCACAUAUGCAAUACAGUAUUUGUUUGUUUGUAAUUGCAAAAAUUUUCAGUCACAAAAAGAUUCUCACACAUAUUUGAUUUAUAAAAAAGUUGUCAACAAUAAAUACAUAAAUGAAUUAAAAACCAAAAUAUGUUGUUUGCAUUAACUUUGCAUAACUAAGGCAAUGUAAUUAAGUUCUUUCACCUUAAAAUAUCAACUUCAAACUAAUUUUGACAUUAACAAUACAGAGAAUUACAUUACAUUACAUUACAUUACAUUACAUUAAAUUUGGCUGACGC